GGCCGGGAGGUCUCCCCCGAGGCCGCCCUGUGCCGUUGGGCCGGCGGCCGGGCGGUGCCGGGCCGGGAACCUGGGGGUCCGCAACUUUGCGCGGGAAGUUUCCCUGCCGGGGUCCGGUUUCUGCGGAACCGUCGGCGCCGAGGGGCCUCCUGCAGUCCGGCUCCCGCAGCAGGCCGCCCGUUUCCCUGGACACUCGUGCCCUGUGUCGCCCCCAGGCUGCCUCCUGGAGCGGGGCCGUCGGAGACUGCAUGGAGACCCCGCAGAGAAGACUUCUUCCAGGUGAGCGGGGUCGGUGGCCGCCGGCUCCCGGUGACUUGGAGCUUUCCCUGCGGCGACCGCACGCGCAGAAAUGAGGAAUCCAGGUCUGCCGCUGCCCGCAGAGUGAGCGGCAGGCAACGGACUGAGGGCCGCCCCGCAAAAGAUGGACCCCUGUGAAGAUCUGGAAAGGUCCAGCCAUAAGUCUCUGGACUCCAGGGAGACCGGGCCUCCGGAACUUGAAGGACCACGGGCCUGCGACCCUGAGGCCCUGGGGAAAGGACACGAGGAGAUGUGGAGCCAGAAGUACCACCUGCAGAGCCCACGCGCGGAGAGCAGCAACAGUGAACGGCAAGAUCGAAACAGAGUUUCCGAAGAGUUUAUGAUGGUUGUCCAAGAAAUGAAAAAAUAUUUCCCAUCAGAGAGACCCAAUAAGCCGGGCACUCUAGACGCCUUCAACUCUGCCCUUCGUUGUGUACACAGUGUGCAAGCAAACAGUGAGUUUUUCCAGAUUCUCCGUCCGGAUGGAGCACCUCGAGCAGAUGUGACCACAUACAGUCUUGAGGAACUGAGCACGGUUGCUUCAGAACACGCUUCCAAAAACACAGAUACCUUUGUGGCAGUGUUUUCAUUUCUGUCUGGAAGGUUAGUGCACAUUUCUGAACAGGCCGCUUCGAUCCUGAACUGUAAGAAGGAUUUCUUGGAGUCCUCGCACUUUGUUGAACUGCUCGUCCCUCAAGAUGUGAGGGUGUUCUGUGCACGCACUGUCCACGCUCAGCUUCCCUUCUGGAACAGCUGGACCCAAAGAGCAUCUCAGUACGAAUUCGCUCCGGUGAAAUCCUUUUUCUGCAGGAUCCAUGGAGGCGAAGUCAGAGAGCAAGAGAAGCGUUACUACCCAUUCCGGAUUAUUCCCUAUUUGAUGCGCAUACAUGUCUCUACCCAGCGGGAACCUGAGUCGUGCUGUCUCACCCUGGUGGAGAAAGUUCACUCUGGUUAUGAAGCUCCUCGAAUCCCGAUGGAUAAAAGAAUUUUUACCACAACACACACCCCAGGGUGUGUUUUUCUUGAAAUAGACGAAAGAGCGGUGUCUCUGCUGGGUUACCUACCUCAGGAUCUGCUGGGGACAUCCAUCUUGGCGUAUGUGCACCCCGAAGACCGUUCUCUCAUGGUUGCCAUACACCAAAAAGUCUUGAAGUAUGCAGGUCACCCUCCCUUUGAACACUCACCCAUUCGAUUCCGUACCCAAAAUGGAGAUUACGUCAUAUUGGACUCCAGCUGGUCCAGCUUCGUGAACCCGUGGAGCCAGAAGGUUUCUUUCAUCAUCGGUCGGCAUAAAGUUCGAACGAGUCCGCUGAAUGAGGAUGUUUUCGUGACCCGAAUAAAAAAGACGAACCAUAAUGACAAAGAUGUAACAGAAUUGCAAGAACAAAUUCACAAACUUCUCUUACAGCUGACUUUGCAGCAGGUCUCCGUCCGUCUAAACAAAAUUAAGAAUCUCGGUCAGCAGCUCUACAUUGAGUCAAUGGCCAAGUCACCAGAUAAGCAAGUGACGGCGAUGCGCACAGGACGGCUUGGCGAUGAGCAGAAGGUCUCUUCUGCCUUCCUGACGUUGAAAGACAAUAGCAUGCACGUGGAGUCUAGUGAAGAUUGGAGAAAAGACCAGCAUAGCCCAUCUUAUCGGCAAAUAAACUGCAUUGACAGUGUUAUCAGAUACCCGAGGAGCUGCGACGUUCCAGCUUUGAAAAGGAAGAGCGCGUCCUCUUCAUCCUCGGAAGACAGACAGAAGCACGAGGCAAAUGAUGCCCAGACCUUGCACGCUGCGCCUCAGACCCCAGCCACAGCUCACUUGGAGACGUCUACUGCCAGGCGGUCCACAGACGCUGCAGGACGCGCCCCCAGGAGCCUGUCCCCGGCGGCGCUGAGCCUGGGCUCUGGCACGAGCCAGUGUAGCUACGGCAGCACCGUUGUCCACGCCCCGCCGCCAGAGUCAGCAGAAGCCACGCUGGCAGAGGAUGCUGUCCCAGCGUGUGAGCCCUGGACCCCGUGCUCACACCCAGGUCCGCGUACCUCAGAAGAAUUUCAACAAGUAGGGCUCACAAAAGGCAUGCUGUCAGCCCACGCACAGAAGGAGGAACAGAAUUAUGUUGAUAAAUUCCGAGAAAAGAUCCUGUCAUUGCCCUACAGAGCCUGUCUUCCGCAAGAAAGCAGAAGCAAAGCUAAACAUUCGUACGUUCACGGAGGCUCCGCUUCCAAGCAGAGCAGCGUGGCCGGCGGCAAGAAGGGGAAGCACAAGGGGAAGAAGCUGCCACAGCUGCCGGGCAGCAGUGGCACUAAGGACGCCUUCUGUCCCCACUCGCGAGGGGACGUCCAGGACACACAGCCCUGGGGCCCCUCCCUCGCCUCCUCUCCGUGGGCCUCCGGCCUGUCGUGCCCGGCUCCUUCCCCCGUCCCGGCCCUGCCCCGUGGCAGCAGUGGCUCCGUUCGAAUGCUGUCUGAGCCACGUUUGCCCAACUGCUUGCAGUCUUUUCCUGCCCCCCCUCCUCUCUACUUAGAUACUUUGAUGACCAUUUUCCUGCACGAACCCCUUGGCCGUCCCCUUUUGUCACCAUCCUUCGCCCCAUAUCCGUUCUUGGGAGCACCAGACUCUUCCGAAAUUCCACCCUCAGCAUCAGCAGUGGCUGCCAGCCUGGAACCCCCGUGGUCGGUCCUCAGCCGAAGGCGAGCUGAGGGGAAAUGGGAGACGCCGCGUGAAGAGCACACACUCGCGACCUCGAGGAGCAGCUCACCACUGUGGCUCAACUUACUGCAGGAAGACACGCUCAGAUCCCGCGAAUCUUCAGAUCAGAUGAGAAGGGGCAUUUGCCCAGAAGCCGAGGAUCGUGUCGUAGGCAACAGCGGGAAUAAGCACAGUUACACGGCAUUACUUCACGAGGAGUCUCCUUCCAGAACAGGUUCUGCAGUGUCAGGAAGCAGUGACCACAGUAUAUACUCCACCAGUGGUGAUUAUUCUUCUGAAAUCGCCUCAGAGGGACGGCGGUCUCAGGAUGUACAGAAGAAAGAAACAUUUCCCAAUUUUGCUGAAGAGUCCAUGUGGAGAAUGAUAAAACAGACAUCUGAGUACAUUCUAACGAAAUAUCAGGUACCUGAGAGGGUGAAAGAGACCGUGCUGAAAGGGGACCUGGAGAGGCUGGCGGGCAUGCGGCCGCGGCAACCCCAGUUUUCACGCGCGCGGAGGGAGGAGCUGGCCCAGGUGCACUCUUGGAUUCAGAGUCAGACUGUCCCUCGAGAAAUAGACAUCCAGGGCUGUGUCACCUGCGAAAGCAAAGAUUCCCUUGGUGACGCCGCAGAGUCCUGUGGUCAAGCUCCAGCAGCAAACGGCAGUUGAGUGGCCACAGAGAUGGCACCUGCCGGACAAGCAGACCUCUUGGUGUGUCUCUUUAACCCGACUCCUACGUGGCCAUGAAGCCAUCAGUGAAUGUGAAGGUUUUUCCUUCUGGACUUUUUAACAGGCAUCAUUUUUCUGAAACAGACGUUGUAUAUACCGUCUUUCAUUCCUGUGUUCCUGGUGUAUUAAACUGUCAGUCAGCUUCUCUUUCUGGUUGGCCAUCCUCUGAGCAGAUUGGAUGGCCUCUAGAGAGGUGCGUGCACAGCGACACUUGACUUCGGGUGUCACCCAAAAUGGAUGGUAGUUAGAAGUAUGGCUAGAAGUAGCCCCAAACGUUAGCCUCGUUUAUUUCGUUCUGUUGUUACGUGGAUCAUUUUCCUGUGGGAGGACGUAGGACGUCCCACCUGCAGGCCAUAUACUGUUCGGAAUGGUUUCUGUAAGUUGCGUACUUUCAUGCGGCCUGUGCACAACUUGGUGCUUCCCCCCGAGAUUAAGAGGAGACGUCCCACUUCCUCACGACGCCAAGUCACUUCAGUAUUUACCAGUGUUAGAAAAUACCGCCCAUCGGUACACUGGGAAUAGCUGGCUUUUAGGUUUGGAUUCUGAGCUUUAUUCCUAUAGAUGCCUUUCCUUGUAAUUUUCCACCUUCCACUGAAAUUCCCAAAGUCUUAUCUUAAAAACCAGUCUACUUACAAUGAGCUUAUUCCUUGGAGUUAAGUUAGCUUUUGCAUGUGUAACAUGAAAACAAAAAGAGCUCUUCACUCAACCAGUGGCAUUCUCCUUUUUAAGGUUUUGGUUUUUAAAAUAACGAUUGUAAAGAGUUUCAGAAGUCACGUAAGAAAUAAUACUCUUCCUUUAUGCCUAUGUGUUUGAACGUUGUCUCACCAAAACUAACACUUAACUCUUUCUUUCCAACCAACUUACACACAAGAGGUCUGUCCGUCUUUGCCAGAGGUCUGUAAGUGCCGUGGUGGCUUCCCGGUGACAGCCGCGGUUCGCGGGAGCUCCGUGGUCCUCACGGGGGUGCAGCGUGGCCACAGAUCAGUGCUUCCUACUCCGGCCCUGAUGGUGUUUGUGAAGAAGUGAGUGGGUUGUUUACUUGCUAAGUCCCUGUUCUUGAGAGAAAUCCGUGAUUCCUGCCCAGACUUGGAGGGACUCAUGCGGUUCACACCCACACAGAUCAGAAAGGAAUAGAAGCAAAGGAGCAGGACCUUCUAUCUUUUAUAUAACAGACUGACUGAUCUUUCGUGUUUUGUUGCUUUGUUUCAAGCAAACUCUCUUCCUCCCUCCAAGUUUGAUACCUUUUGUAAAGUACAUAUAACUGAUAAUAAUUAGGAGACUCGACCUCUUCAUCCAUGAGGACUGCGGAGCCCUGAUUCUCAAUUCCCGUAGCUCAGGUGUCCUUUCUAAAGUAGAGUUUUCUGGAGGGUGAGUCCAUCUUAAGGUGUCAGAACCAUUUUCAGAUGCUAAGCAGUUCCAUGCAAAUAUGGAACUGUCAUUUUCUACUCCAUCCUGAUCAUUCAGUGAUUUCUGAAGUCCUCGUCAUCUUGGUCAAGUUGUGUGGCAUUUUUACCCUUGGUGAAAAAUCAACUUUAGAAAAACUAACCAGCCUGGGUACUGUCCAUCAGUGUAGUCAUUGCGACCUUCUGUAGGGAUAAAAGUUUUAAUUUGUACAAAUCAAAACUGAUGUGUGGCUCUCAGGGGCCACUCGGCUUCAUGCAGCCCGUUUGAAACCUUACGUUCUCUAAUAAUGGAAGCGCCUUUGUCUGGAUGUUCGUUUUACCUGCGUUUGCUGAUUUCUUUACCUUCGUACACAUCUUAUAGCACAAAUAUUAUGCCAGAUUUGGUAUGAAACCGGUGCUUGUUGUAGGCAGAUCUGUAGUAGCGCUGAGUUUAUAAUUUUCAUAUGUUGACAAGUAGACUAGUUGGCGUAUUCAGAGAUUGCACCGCGAAGCUCGCACUGCUGGAGGGGAGAGGGGACGCUCAGCAGUGACACUGCUACCCCCCAGGGGGGCUCUACCAACCUUUAUAUAUACUUCAUUGUUCGGGUUUAUUAACUUUUUGUAUGAAUAACUACAGAAAUUGGUAAUACGUGUCUGUACUAUAGGCUUCGAUGUUUACAUAAAUGUUACCCAGAAGGUGAUUAUUUUCUUGGAUAUGAGGUCAAGAUUUUUGAAAGACACAAUGCUGUGGGAAUGGAGUCAUUUUGCAGUUAAGUAAAAACUUCGUUAUAACUCACAAGGUAAAUUUAAUCCAAAUUGAAAUUUUGUUUCAAGUGAGCUUACGAUUAAUUGUGUGAAUUUACUUGUUUUUAAUGGUUAUUAAUAUUUCAAUCAGGUAUCUUUUUUAAGGAAAAACAUAAACUGUACAUGCAGAACCGGAGACAUUUUUUUGCACUGUGUCAGUAAACCUUUGUACACAUGCA